AUGAGGAAGUAUAAUGUGCACCAUCGAGUCGCUACCCCUUACCACCCCCAAACUAGUGGCCAAGUUCAGGUUUCGAACCGUGAAUUGAAAAGAAUUCUCGAGAAGACGGUGAAUGGAUCCCGAAAAGAUUGGUCAUUGAAAUUGGAUGAUGCAUUGUGGGCUUAUAGAACGGCCUACAAAACUCCACUUGGGAUGUCUCCGUUUCGUAUUGUCUAUGGGAAGGCGUGUCAUCUUCCCUUGGAACUUGAGCAUAGAGCAUAUUGGGCUAUAAAGAAGUUGAACUUCGAUUUUAAAGCGGCGGGGGAGAAACGAUUGCUUCAACUUAACGAAUUAGAUGAGAUACGGUUUAUGGCUUAUGAGAACACCAAGCUAUAUAAGGAGAGAACGAAGAAGUGGCAUGACGCCCAUAUCGCUCCUAAGAUAUUGGAAGCGGGAUCUUUUGUGCUACUUUACAAUUCACGGUUGAGGUUAUUUCCGGGUAAGCUCAAAUCCCGAUGGAGUGGUCCAUUCAAAAUCGAGCAUGUGGCGAGUCAUGGAGCGGUUGAAUUGGAGAACUCUAAAGGCGAGACCUUCAAAGAUUGCAUUGAGAAACCAUGGCCCAGAUUUUGCCCUGGUCUCGAUCGGGAAGCUCAUGGAAUUAGGCUUCUCGAUCGAGACCUUACUUCCCUUGAGAAGCCGAGAGCAUGCCAAAAAUAG